AUGACACUCACCGACAAGUGGGUGCCCAUAGCGGCUGUUCUGAUUGCUGGCUUCGUCCUGCGAACGCUCGUGCGGACACUCAAUCGUCCCAAGUUCUUCCCUGGUCCGCCUCGCCUGCCGGUCAUUGGGAACCUUUUCCAGAUGCCGAAGUCAGAACAGUGGGAGACAUAUUUGAAAUGGAAGGAGACGUACGGUGACAUUAUUUAUCUGGAGGUGAUGGGCGCAUCACUCCUCGUCCUCAACUCGUACCAACGAUGUGUCGACCUCUUGGAGAAGAGAUCAGACAUCUACUCGGAUAGGCCAAAUACUAUUGUUACGAAUCAAAUGAUGGGCUGGGAGAAAUCCGUCGUGACUGGCCCCUAUAGUGACCGUUGGCGCAGGUAUCGCCGAAUGACCGCUCAAUCGUUGAAGAAAGAGGCCGUCAAGCGAUUUCAUCCUGUCCAAGAGAGGGAGAUCGCCCGAUUCCUUGGUUCGCUCAUAGAAGAACCCACGCAAUUCAUGAAAAAUUUCCGAUUUGCCGCGGCUCGUAGCCUACUGAUGAACAUGUAUGGAAUCGAGGUGAAGGAAGCCCAUGAUCCGAUCAUCAGUGUCGCGGAAAGGGCGAUGGAAGUUGCCGUCGUCGGCGCUCAGCCAGGCAAUUUCCUGGUCGACCUUAUUCCUGCGCUGCGGUAUGUUCCAGACUGGUUCCCAGGUGCCGGCUGGAAGCGAUUUGCGGCAUUAGGGAAGAAAUUGACAGACCAGAUGAUCGAUUUGCCUUUCAACAAAACCGUCGAGGCGAUGAAAUCCGGUGUUUACGAGCCAUCUCUUGCGGCAAUCAACCUAGAAAAGCACGAAGACCCCGAGAUCGUGAAGUGGUGCGCCGGGACGAUGCUAUCAGCCGGAACAGAUACGACAGUAGCCUCUAUUCACGCCUUCAUCCUGGCGAUGGUUCUGUACCCUGUAGUACAGAAGAAGGCACAGGCCGAACUCGACGCUGUUAUUGGACGUGAUCGCCUACCUACUGUCGAGGACCGGGAUGACUUGCCGUAUAUCAAUGCAAUGAUGCGCGAGAUGAUACGGUGGCAGCCUGUGUCGCCAAUCGCCCUGCCCCACCGUCUGAUAAAAGACGACGUAUAUGACGGACACUUCAUCCCGGCUGGUACCAUUGUCCUUGGAAACACAUGGGCCAUAUCCCGCGAUCCUAUGGUAUAUCACGAUCCAGAAACUUUCAACCCUGAUCGUUUCCUUCCGAUGUUCGACAAGAGCAUCUCACACAAACCAGAAGACAUCCCGAUGGAUCCCAUGCUGUACGGGUUCGGAUACGGCCGUCGAGUUUGUGCAGGGAUGCACUAUGCUGAAGCAAUGAUAUUUCUUACGAUGACCCGUCUCCUCGCUACAUUCGAUAUCACCACGGCGAAGGACGGACAAGGGAACGAUAUCGUCCCGAAACUGCACUUCAAUUCCAACAUUGUGAGGGAAGCACUGCCCUUCCCAUGCGUUAUUAUGGCCCGGUCUGAAGCGGCCAAGGGGCUUGUCCUUGCGAACGUCAAUUGUUGA